AUGUCUUCCUCUGAAGAAGAAAUUGAGACUAACAUCGAAACUGAAGAUGGAAUUCUUACAACCAAGAAUGUCAAAGUCGAUUAUAAAAAUUUGGAAGCUCAAGGCGCAGAAAUCAAAUUAUCCGACGAUGAAUUAACGAUUCAAAAAAAUACUAAACCCAAAAAAGUAGCAUUCGAUGCUCCAGCUCCAUCACCAUCAAAACAAUAUGAUGCAAAAUCCGUUGCUUCCACAGCAUCAAAAGCAUCAAGAAUUUCUAAGAAAUCCACUGCUAGUAAGAUAGAAAUCGAGAACGACCGUCUUUCCGUUAUGAUUAAUAAUCUUGGUUUGAAUGAGGAUGAAAUUAACUUCCAAAGUCAACAACAGGCAGAAGCACGCUACAAGAAAAUGGUUGAGAAGAAGUUUAAAGUUUUCAUAGAGAAUAGCGAGAAGAUUAGAAAGAGUAACGAAACUUCAGAAAGAAAUAAUAUCAGUAUUGAAGAAUUAUAUAAAAUGCCUCGUCAUAAACUACUUUACGAGAAUGAAAAGCUUAAAGUUAGAAUCCAGAGCUUAGAGAAACAAAGAAAAGAACUGGAUGAAAAAUUCAUCACUCUAAGUAAAAGACUUGAGCAGCUCAGCUAA